AUGCAUUUCGCUUCCGCUGUGCAACGUAGGCAGUCUCCAAUCUGCAAUCCCUCAACAUGGCUACUGUUUGAUAGGAGACACCAUUAGGAUUGUAUGUCUAUGGAAGCUUUUAAAAUAUACUAUUGAAUAAACUUACCUUGGUGUCCUGCUAUCUGUAAAUACAUUCUGUUUUUUCGUUCACCACUUUUAAAGCAGCUCGCAUCCUUAAAUAACCAGGUAAAAAUGGCCAGUCCACGCACCAGAAGAGUUUUGAAGGAGGUGAGAACACAGGACGAAAACAAUACUUGCUUUGAAUGUGGAGCAUUCAACCCCCAGUGGGUGAGUGUUACGUAUGGAAUCUGGAUUUGCCUGGAAUGUUCUGGAAAGCACAGAGGUUUGGGGGUGCACCUUAGCUUUGUGCGCUCCGUCACCAUGGACAAGUGGAAGGACAUAGAGCUGGAGAAGAUGAAGGCGGGGGGGAACGGAAAGUUCCGGCUGUUCCUCGAGCUGCAGGACGACUACGACGCCGGCUGGACCAUGCAGGAGAAGUACAACAGCCGGGCGGCUGCUCUUUUCCGAGACAAGGUUGCGACCGUAGCCGAGGGCAAGGAGUGGUCAAUCGAGACGUCUCCCGCCAAAGACUGGACGGCCCCUCAGCCCAAGAUGGGUCUCUCUUCUGCUCACCGCAGCUCUGCUGGACCUGGGCAGAGUUCAGGACACUCUUCAGACAAGGCCUUUGAAGACUGGUUGAGUGAUGAUGUCAACUCCUACCAAAGCGGCGGCGGUUACAGCGGUCAGGAGAACCGCUACGUCGGCUUCGGGAACACGGUCGCCCCCCAGAAGAAGGAGGACGACUUCCUGAACAACGCCAUGUCCUCCAUCUACUCGGGCUGGAGCAGCUUCACCGUCGGAGCCAGCAAGUUCGCCUCGGUCGCCAAAGACAACACAACAAAACUUGCGACCCAGGCCACCCAAAAGCUAAGGGGCUAUAGGCCGCCACCAGAACCGGCCACAGAGUUAGGCCAGCAAUUAAAUGAGAAUGUAAUCAAACCUACUACAGAAAAGGUGAAAGACGGGAAGUUGCUAGACGAGAUGACGACCGGCUUCACGGGGCUGGCGACCAAGGUCCAGGGAGCUGGUGCAAAGGGUUGGAAAGACAUGACCACCUUCUUCUCGGGGAAAUCUGAAGAUUCAGCUGACGGGACCCCGACGGGAGAGAGCUACCAGAACAUGGGCGAGUCGGAGGGGUACCAGAACAGCGGCGGCGGCGGCGGCGGCGAGGGCGAGGGCGAGGGCGAGGUGGGCCAGGGCUUCUGGGAAACCUUCGGGAGCGGGUCCAAGCCCAAGGCGUCGCCCAGCACGGACAGCUGGACCAUCGCCGACAACAACUCGGCGGAGAAGAAGAGCUCGGACAGCUGGGACCAGUGGGGCUCGGAGGCGGGCGCCAACAACAAGCACAGCACCGGGGACAGCUGGGAGGCCUGGGACAACAACUGGGACAGCGCCGAGGCCAAGGCCAAGAAGACCCCCCCGAAACAGGCCGAGGAGGCCUGGGGCAGCGCCGAGGCCAAGGCCAAGAAGACCCCCCCAAAGCAGGCCGAGGAGGCCUGGGGCAACGCCGACUGGUAGACCACGACCACCGGCACCUGGCACCCACCCGUCCGCUCCACCUUAUCUGGCCUAAAACGCGUAGGGUCCUAAAGAGCCCUCUGUCUGAAGGUGGUGCAGUCAGAUAGCUGUAUUUGGACACCUUUACGUGUAUACAUGUAUCCAUGAAUCUAGGGUUUUGCCUUUAUGACCUUGUAUGUGUAUAUAUAUAUACACACACACACAUGUACGUACAAACAGUAUAGUAUGUGUGUGUGUGUGUACUUUAAAAAAGCAACUAAAUGUGUUACAUUUCCCGUGAGAUCUGUCACAAUUGGAUAGUACAAAUUUUUACAGGAAUACAAAAACUAGUGGAGCCUAGUAGCCAUUGUUGGAAAGGGCAGAAUUGACGGUUUAUUUUUAUAUUCACACACUCCAUUAAGUACGAGUGUGGAAACACACACAUGCUGUCGUCGGUGAUAAAAAAAAGUCUUUGAGGUGUAAACAAAUGUAUCUUUUUUUGACUGCACCUAAAUUUUGUAUCGAGGCUCUUCGUCCACAGUAGCGUGGCUAAGUAUAUUCAUCAGUUAAGUUGAACGAGUGAAGUUUCUGUAACGUCACUGCGUACAGCUCCGACUUCACAGAAACAUUGAAAUAUGAAUCGUGUGCUGCCAGACUAUUGGUAAGCAGUUUGUAUUUUGUUUCGAUCCUCUUAAAAAUGAAAAAGCUGCAUCUCUUUAGAGAUUUGGAUUUUGGGUGGGUUCCCAGGUUUAAAAGUGAUUAGGAGUGUAUAAAGAGGUGAAUCAGCCAGUCUGAGAGCCUUCUGUGACUCAGACUCAGUGGUCUGGAAGCCAGCAGCUUGCUUUGUGUCGUCUCCACUACCACCUCCCCGCAGCUGUAGUGGGUGUCAUACGUUGCGUUCUUAGUGUGUUAAUCAUCUCUCAAACUGCACUCCUGCUGAGUCAGUUAUUUGUGUGUGUCUGUUAUUUUGUGUGUGUGUGUGUGUCUGUCUGUCUGUCUCUCUCUCUGAACGCACUUUCACACUAGGAUGUCCUCACCUGUCAUACCCUUCCCAAAUGUCAGAGGGCAGGGGCUGAUCAAGCUUUUAAAUGUGUGCAUGUACAUUUUGCAGGUAUGAGAGAGAUGGCAUCCUCAUGCUUGGAACACAUUUACCUCAUGAGAGAUUUAGCUGAUGGACAUUAACCACGGAAGACCAUUCAUUGCAUUGCUUGAACUGUGAUCCCACACAAACUCACAGCAAAUGACAUAUUCAAACCAUGGAACCCCCUUUUCCGUAUUUGAAUUUAACUAUAAUUCCAGUUUUAUUCAUUUUGCUUUUAUUUUUCUUAGAAUCUUCAGCAUAUUUGCAACUUUAGGUUUCUUAAGGGUUAAGUGUGGAAUGGUAUCAGUGGUAGCAAGCUGGUGUUAAAGGCACUGUACGAUUACAGUGGAAUACCCCGAGGGAAAUAUCAUGGCUACUGUGGGUCAGGUUGAGAUCGCAUCUCUGCCUUUCCACUAAGAACAACUAACAAAGCUGCAUUUCUCCUACGCACAUCUUAUAAUUCAAGUUUUAUUCUUUAUUGAAAAUGUCCCCCCCCCCCCCAAAGUAGAGUAAUAUAGAAGAGUAAGGAAACUGGUUUUGCUAACUAUCUGGAAAGCUGGUAUUAAGUUGUUGACAAAGCCAAUGGCUGUUUACAGUGGAAUAGCGUAUUCAUGUGUCCUCCACCGACAGUGACGAACACCGUUUACUUCACUCCUGUCAGCAUCUGUUCAGAAUGGCUGACCCCCCACGCGCCUGUGGUUUCUCAUCCGUGUCAUCACUGCUCUUAAACAGCCUCGCGAGUGGUCCGGGUACGUACUGUCAUCUCGCUUGUGAGUUGUGCGAGUUUGUAAACGUGCGUGCACGCGCGUGACUAUCGUUGACGUAAAUUAGUCACUUUUUUCCGCGUAGGUAUCGGCAAGGUUAUUUUACAGUGCUUUCUUGUUCGCUGUUUUCAUUUUCAUCUGAAAAUCUUUAGCAGAAUUUUACCUGGCGUGGCAUGCACUGUCUAAUAAUGACGGGCCGGUACGCAGCAGCACAGGGAAAGGGUUAGGAGGGAAGGUGCAUGUGUUUUAUACAAAACCUGAAUUCCGUAAUUCGUUUUGAAGCGAAGCAGAUUUACCACUCGUUUAAUUAAUGUGGCAUCUGUGCAGAGCUCGUGUGACGCAUCUAACUCACGGAUUACGCUCGUUUUUUAUUUAAAUUAGCUGGUAAUAAAUGUACUUGUUAUAAGCCUUACAGAAAAAAAAAACCAUGCCUCUUUAUGAACAGAUCUUUGACAUUUUUGUUGUUAACAGUUUGGUGCUUUGUGCGUGAGUGUACGUUAAUUUCUAUCUCCUCUGAAAUGCAUGUUAAAUCAAGGAAGAAAACAAAUCAACCUACACAAAAGAUCAAAUGGACAAUGUCUGGAUUUUCCCUCUAAUUCUUGUCGUGUAUUUACUGAAACGGUCCCUAAAAUUUGUGUAUGAUUUUAAAUGUAUGUGUUGUAUGAAUUUAGGAUCCAAGAUGUAUUCUAUACAGUAGACUGAGAAUCUGAACCAGUCCAUUGAACCUGAACCCAUUCAUACAAAGUGCAAUUGGGAUGUGAACUGUAUCCAGAUUAUCUGGGAGAAUCUCUGCUGGCUGAAUUCCAAGAGAGAUUUUUCCAUACAUGAAGUUCAACACAGAUCGCUGUUAUCCCUGGUGAAUAUUUUGAAGAAAAAAUUCAUUCAGUUAAUACAUACCGUCACAGUAAAACCUUUCCAAACUUCAUGAGGACUUUGUACAAGCAGGAUAAAAUUGCCUCAGCAUGUAACUAUAUUUAAGUGGAUUAUUUUUACUAGCCAAUACAUUGAUUUUUUUUCAUGUUGUAAUUACUAUUAAACAAUGUUUAGUAAUGUAGCACAUUUCUUUUGUUGCAGCAUUUUCCUGCCAAUUUUAAAACAUGCGCGCAAAAUAACAAGGAGGGUUUGACUUCUAUCUGGAGCUGACAUGGGUACAAUAGACCUUUCAGCGUUGUGCAAACUGUACUUAUGUAGUGGAAAUUGAAAUUGGCUGACUCUUUCCAAACAAAAGGUUUGAUAUUUCAACAGCACUAUAGUGCACUCUGGUUUUGGAUUGCAUUGAUCGCUUUCAAGGGGAAAAAGAUUAAAUCUUAAAAAGAAUCUCAUGAAAUGGCUGGUUCACACAUUUUUUAAAAAUUAUCUUCCUGUUGUCGGUUGUAGAUUUGUGGCAUCUGAACAGUGUAGAACAGGUCAGUGUUGUAUAUAUUUCACCUCGAUAUCUCACUGCUCCGCAUCACCGAGUGAACUUGCCACUUCGAAACUCUUUUUUCUCUUGUCUCUUUUCUUCUCGUUUAACUGGUUUCUGUUAAGAUUCAGAUUCGUGUUUGUUUCAUGAUUUGUAUUGAACUGUUUUUCCUUUAUUAAGUGCGUUUCCUUCCCCUUCCUAUGUGUAUGAGAAGCAUUCCAUGGGUGGAGAGAAGUUCAGUUCAUUGUGCUGGGUCAGUGUGCAAUAUUACUGCAUUCCCCCCCUCGGGUGAACCUCCCCCAACACUCAAAGCGAGACAAACCCGGACAGUGUGCAGGCCCUGUACAAGACACGGGCUGCUGUUAUCCUGCUGUACAUCGUCUGCUGUCUGGGAAAAUAUCCUAAAUAAAGAAAUAAACAUUU